AUGAAUGAUAAAAACUUUCCGUUAUUGUCAAAAGAAAACCUGAAAUCAAAGGUUGGUAAAAUUGAGAUUUCAGAUCAAUUCUUCUCUGGAAAGGAAGAAUUUGAUGCUGAAAAGGUUUUUAAUGGAAAAGUGUUACAUAUUUUUGGAAAAAUGACAGAUGGUCCUCUUGUCGACGCCCAGGGUGAUGGAAAGAUAGUUGAGGAUGUUGUUGCUGUCCCACCUCCUGAGACUCCUGUCAUUGAGAUAUCCUCUGAUUCUAACGACGACACCGCUAUGUCUGCCGCACUAUCACCUGCUCGAGAUCCCACACCCCCACACGACCCAGAGCCUGCUCCUGAGCUAGCUCCUGUUCCUUUGGGUCAGCCUGAUGUUGCACCUAUUGAUCUUGAGCCGAUUCCUGAUCCUGACCAUGUUCCGUUUAAAUUACCAGAUAUUGCACUCCCUAUUCCCGACCCAGUACCUGCACCUGUUGAUCUUCCUUUUGCCGAGCCAUUUAUUCCUCCACCCGUACCCGCUGAUGUUGCUCCUCUCCCUCCUGUAGUGAAACUCACCAUCAUGCCUCCAAGAGUAAGAGGACGAGGCAAGGGUCACAUGCGCGGAGGACCGUCAUCAGCUGGACCAUCACACAGACGCACUCCAUCGGCGUCCCUAUCCUCCUCCAACUCUCACGAUAUGUGGGGUCAACCUUUCGAGCCGGCAAGACACUCAGUCUCCCUAAGCUCUUCGCCAUCUUUUCAUCCGUCUUUCGGGCCGUUUGCUCCAGACGAGCCCGAACACUCUCACCACUCUCAUCAAUCUCACCAUUCGCACGAGUCUUACCCGUCGCAUAACUCUUUGCAAUCUCACUCGUUUCAUCAUUCUGACUCCCCCUACUCCCCAGGACAGUUCAACCCAGCCGAUUAUGUUAACGAUUUUCUUGGCUAUAACCCAUUGGGCCCUAAGGACCAUUUCUCUCAGGAAAUGGAGAUGGAUGAUGACCCCGACCCGGAGAUGCAAACAGGAACCUCGGGCCACCCUAUCAGCAUAUCUAGUGGGUCUCCGUAUCAGGGAUCCCCAUACCAUGGGCCCGACUCGUUCCAGGAGAAAAUGGUUACAUAUGACUGGUUCUUUACCCCAUCUUACCAUAGCUCUCCAGCCCAACCACCUUUGGAAGAUCCUCAACUUCAAGCUGUCUCACCACCACCACUCCCGGUAGAGGAGCCACCGCAGCAGCCACCGCAGCCACCUCCCGAGCCUGCAAGGCGAAGGAGGAACGCACGCAUGUCCGUAAGAGGAGGACCUUGUUUCAGUUCUCCUCAUGGUUCGAGUUCCUAUCCCCCUAUUCCAGAGGACCCCCAGAUGGGUGGGCCCUCAAACGCGGCACCGGAGGCUAAUCCUCCGCAAGCUUCUUAUGCACCACCUCAGCCGCCUGUGGGUUUUGAUAACCCAAUCCCGACGUACCCAGGUCCUUCCGGGUACAAUCCUUAUGAGAACCCAUCAGGGUACCCCUCGGACUAUGUAUCUCAAGACCCGUACCUUACGGCUGCGCAGUAUCACCACCUCUAUCCUUCUACUUACCCUCCUAUGCAUCCAGCUGGAUACCCGGCUCAGGGUUACCAGUACCCGCCGUACCAGCCACCUUCUCCCCAGCAGCUUCAGCAACAGCAACAAACUCAAGAAAUUCUGGAGAGGCUAGAUAAGGUUGAGAACAAGGCUAGGAAGAACAAGGAAAGGCAUACUAGUUUCAUGAAAGGCCUUGCGAACCUUAUAAAAGGGAAGAAGAAGUAG